AUGUGCAGUGAUAUUGGUGAACAGUCUGGUGGUCCACAUGAAAUUCUCAAGGCUGCUUUUGAAGUGGAGAAAACUCUCACAAAUAGAGACAAUUUGUGGUCCAAUAAACCAUCUGAAUUAAUGAAAUAUAUUGGAAUACCCUUAAACAAGCAUUGUAAUAGUAAUUUCAAACAGAAACUAAAAGAUUUCUACAAAAAUAAAAUUAUAUUUGAACUAUCAACGAUAAAAAUGAAUUCUGGACAACAAAAGUGUGGUUUGGCAGAGUUGCUGGCCUUAAGUCAUGCAGAGUUUGACACACAGAUCAAAGAAAUGAGUUUAAAAGAUCUCCUUGACACCAUCUCUACACUUCAAAAAGAAAUGUCCAAAGAGCAAGAAAAUUUUAACUCUUUGAGUGCAGAGUUAUCAUCUCUCAAUAAGAAAUCUCAACAAUAUAAACAGAUCUCCAAAGAAAUGACAGAAUCUCAGGCGCGUCUUACAGCUUUAAUGGAUCGUAGUAUGAAGUGCUUUCAGCAGCAAGGAAACCAAAGCACUUCAACCAAGUUUCCAAAUGUAUACAGGAGAAAUUCCCUAAAGGAAACAAGUAAACCAGAAAAACUACCAGUCAACAAACCAGUUCAAAGAAACAUGUCUGCAAGAAUUCCCAGCAAAGAAAUGGAAAUCACUAGGUCUACACCUAACUUGAAAACUACUACAAAUAAGCCAGUGUUUCUGAAAACUUUAACUGAUGUUAAUGCUUCAAAAUUAGAAGUAAAAAAGUUCAAUGGAAUUCCAAAUAACACUUCAGAAAAGAAACCAAUACAAGUAUUUCAAAAUGGAACUGUUCAUGAUAAUGGUCAGAAAGUGGAACAAAAUUCGAUGGACAAGAAGCAACCAUCUGUGAAAAGUACAGCAACAUUUAAUAUGCAGAAAAGCAAGUCAAAUGAGUUUCUUCAUAAUAUUUCAUCAUCUAGAAAUGAAAAAGAAAAAAGUGUUUUUGAUUCAGCAAAUAAACCAGCCCCAAAUUUCAAUGUUAUAUUGAGGAAGACUAAUAGAAGUUUAGUUGAUAAUGAAGAACAAGAGAAUAAUUUUAGACAUUCUGUAGAUCUUGAUUUAAGAGGAUCUUCUAAAUGUCCUGUUCCAAACCUUUCAAAUAACAGUACCGACUCAGAAACAAGAAAAAUUCCAGAUGUCAAAGUCUCAUCUACGCAACAACAAAAAGCAGACGUCAAGUUAGCAUUUGACAAAAAAGUAGCCACUUCAGUUGAAUCAUUGCAAAAAGAAACUUGGAAACAAAAACAGAAUAAUACAACAAAAACUGAAGCAGUAAAACAUGUGAAUGAAAUACAAAACCAAAAACAGAAUAAUACAACAAAAAAGAUGGAAGUAAAGCAGUCAAAGGAAACACAAAAUGCAACAAAAAAUGUGGAAGUAAAACAAGUGAAGGAAACACAAAAUACAACAAAAAAUGUCGAAGUAAAACAGGGGAAGGUAACACAAAAUACAACAAAAACGUUGGAAAUUAAACAAGUGAAGGAAACACAAAAUACAGCAAAAAAUGGGGAAGUAAAACAAGUGAAGGAAACACAAAACAAACCAACUGUGAAGAGUUCUAUACAGUUUCGUCCUACUACAGCAAUUGAAGCUAAAGCAGUUUCUACUGGGGAAAGACAAAAUCUACUUCAGCAAAUCCAAAACUUUAAAAGAAAGCCUCAACCUGAGGAAGAAGGGAAAACAGAUAUCAAUGAACAAGACAGAAACACCCAAGUCCCUGAUAUUAUAAAAAGUGGAAUCAAGAAAGGAAUGUUAGAAUAA